CUUCAAAGCAAGGAAAAGGUGCAUCAGUUUCCAGCCUUUCUUAAUUCAAACCUUUCCUGGUAUUCCGAAUUUACCUGAAAAACUUUGCCUUUAGAGGGGGUUUGGUUUUAGUCCAUUGAGCAGAUGGGUGACUGUCAACCCUGGGGUGCUCCUGGUGAAACUGCACGUCCCGGGAGGCUGAGAAGACAGUGGGGUUAGUGAACCCUGUCUGAAAGGGGGGAUACAGGGUGUAAAUUUGAGCCUGGAGGUUACAGUACCAGCGUAAAUAUAGCUACCGAGCAGCAGAACAGAUUCCUUUCACACAGUGACUGAAGUUCUGACAGGCAUAAAGUCAGUGUUUUUCUUCAUUUCCCACUUACACAUCUUGGGAUAUUUUUAAGGGAUGAUGCUUCUGUGAUAGAUUUAAUUUUCUUUGGAAGUUUGGUUGCAUAAACCUGAGGCCUGAGUAGGAUUUUAUACAGAUGUGCAGUUGACACCAGAAACACCAUAAGAUUGACUUUCAAGACAGAGGCUCCUGGAGUGAGGGGCAGUGACUUAAGGGAAUGUAGGACAUUGCACCAGGAGCUGCAUUAAUUACCCUGAUGGUGAUCUUGCUGCCACCUUAGGAAUCCAUUUAGUGGUCACUGGUCUUUAUAUUUGCAAACAAAGAGAAUCUUAUUUUAAAGAUACAGUAACAAUUUAAUUUGUUCAAAACUAUGACUUUUCUUAAAGUAAAGGUACUUAACUCAAGCAACUUCAGAUACACACAGAAUGGGAUUUUACACAUGUUGGACAGAAAUAAGAGAAUCAAGCCACGACCAGAAAGAUUCCAGAACUGCAAAGACGUUUUUGAUUUGAUCCUAACGUGUGAAGAAAGAGUCUAUGAUCAAGUAGUAGAAGAUUUAAAUUCCAGAGAGCAGGAGACGUGUCAGCCAGUACAUGUGAUCAAUGUGGACAUUCAGGAUAACCACGAGGAGGCCACCCUAGGUGCUUUCCUCAUCUGUGAGCUCUGCCAGUGUAUACAGCACACAGAAGACAUGGAAAAUGAAAUAGAUGAGCUGUUACAGGAAUUUGAAGAGAAAAGUGGAAGGACUUUUCUUCAUACUGUCUGCUUUUAUUAAAGCACAUCUGUCUCUUAGGCCUUAAUACAGAUGAGGGAAGCAUGUGUUUAAAGUUCCAAUUAUACUGUAUUUUCCUGGAAA